CGUCACCUCCACGACAUCCAACGAAACGUCAUUGCCACCACUCUCACUACAUCUACGUUGCUCCCUGGGUUCGGCCAGGCAGACCACUCCCCUCCCUCCAUCACCCGUCCCUCCAGCGAACCAGACCCGAACGAGUCCGUCACUCGCCUAUGAUCCGAGCUAGUCGCCCACAUUGAACGCCUCACUCACUUUCCCAUCACCCUCACCACACGUUUCACUCGGGGUUUUGUUGCAGGCUGAAGGAUUUGCACGAGGCAGCAAGUUAGGAGAUCAACAUCGGCAGGCAAGAACACGACUUUCCAGUAACAAACCCAGCCGGAUCUGGAACUAGAUCACGUAGCGAACCGCUUUCCCCCUUCAAGUACCUUGAUCCCACACAAAACCCGUUAAAAACCACCCAUAACCCGAUUUUCCCUUUGCACGACUCACUCAGCUCGCCGACCUCCCAUAAAACCGGCGUCGAGAAGUGGACUUUGAGCUUGCCCUACUGUUCUUGCCCCUUCGGUCGCUCACCAUACCCUCCGAGCCCUUCUCUCCAGAGCGGUGUUGGAAGAGGACCGAUUUAUGGUUUGAAAUGUAGUCGAAACACUUUCGAACCCAAAGGCAAUUUUCAAAAGUCGGACUUGUCUGUGUCGCAACGACUGUGUGAGCGGUGGCAGGUCGCGGGGUGAGUAAGGAUGAGUCUGCAGCCCAGGCGAGAAUAUCACAUUGUUGUGCUUGGUGCUGGAGGAGUCGGUAAAAGUUGUCUCACGGCCCAAUUCGUGCAAAAUGUCUGGAUUGAGAGCUAUGACCCAACCAUCGAGGACUCGUACCGAAAGCAAGUCAAUGUCGAUGGUCGACAGAUCAUGCUGGAAAUCCUCGACACGGCCGGCACCGAACAAUUCACAGCAAUGCGCGAACUCUACAUGAAACAAGGCCAGGGCUUCCUCCUCGUCUUCUCCAUCUGCAACAUGAACUCGUUCUACGAACUGGCCGAACUACGCGAACAGAUCGUCCGCAUCAAAGACGACGACGACAUCCCUCUCGUCGUGGUGGGGAACAAGUCCGACAUGGAAGACGACCGCGUCGUGCCCCGCGCACGGGCGUUCCAACUCGCGCAGUCGUGGGGUCAGAAGCCGUACUACGAGACGAGCGCCAGGCGGAGGACCAACGUCGACGAGGUGUUUCUGAAUCUGUGCGCGCAGAUCAUCCAGAAGGAAGGGGCGCGGAAUCUCAUGGUCGAGCAGCAGGCCGCCGCGAGGAGGAGGGACAGACCGAACCGGCACGAUCGCAGGGGCCGGCGGCAGAGGAAUCGGGACAGGUGCGUCAUCUUGUGAAAACAUUCAGCCCAGUCGAUCUUUCCAAAGGAGUCAGUACAACAGAAAGUAUCCCAUGGACAUGCCUGGAAAUGGGGAUGUUGACACACGUAUUUUCCUCGGGAUACUAUCACCGGCGUUUUUUUCGAGAAGCUAGACAAAAAGAAUGGGCCUGGGCUAAAAAGCACGAGGGGAGGAGGAACGGGACAAGAGUUUGAGCUCUAGACUUACCCGACUCAGGUCGAAUUGUUGUCGUCUGACGACCACUGUAUUCUGUCUCGUUCUUGUCUUGCCAUCAACAAUUUGCUUGUUCUCGUUUAAAGCGCUG